GUCACAUGACCCUUGUCAAGGAAUUGUCAACAUGGCGUCUGCUGGUUGCGUGGUAUGCAUCGGUGGUGCCAUCGUAAGCCCAUGUUUUCCAAGCGUGCCGGCGUUCCAACCCUAGCGACAAUGGGUUCACCGCGCCAGCCGUCGCAGAUGGACGUCGUCAAGACGUCCGACCUUCAGGGAUUGCUGGAGUUUUGCACGAAAACCGUCUUCAGUUCGACGACGAGCAACUCGGAACAGGCUCGUAGGAACGCCGACAUCCAACAGAAGUGCGAAGACCUUUUUGCCAAGGACUAUGUGCUCAAAGUUAUUGAGAAUGAGCAGGGUUCCAUGAGCAGCACGUAUCCAAACAGGAUCAUCCUCUUGGAGCAUCCCAUCGGCAGCCAAAACACCGACACUUCUCCCAGGCCGGCCAGUGGGCCAGGGUCGCUGCCCGACGUGCAGGACUUGCGGGAGCAGAUUCAGAAGGCUCGGAUUGCGAGGUGUCGCACGCGGUUCCCGGUCCCUGUCAUCCUGUAUGAGGGAAAACACAUAUGCAGGUCAGCGACGCUCGCGGGCGGGGCCGAGAUCUACAGCCGCUCGGGCUUCGACUUCCUCUUCUCCGAUAAGCGGUCGACGGAGAACAGAAGAAACGUGGACAAUGGAAACACGAGAGCAUCGAACAACACGGAGCCUCUGCAGCCGCACUCCCUAGGACUUCCCUCGGACUACACAGACACGGAAUCCAACGCCAGUGUCGCGGCGGCUGAGAGUCUUGGCGAAGACGAGAACUUCAUCGAUCUGGCGAAGGACAACGCACCACCAGCCACUGCUGGCAACUGGCCGCUGUUCAGCACUUUGCGCAUGGAGGACAUCCGGUUGCUGAGGCUGCUCUCUGUGGACCACAUUUGCGACUUUAUGGUGGAGAACAAGAAGGUCAAGUUCUUUCUCAAAGUAACAUCCUCUGAAAAGGUUGACAAAGAGAACAGAUAUAACGGGUUCACCAUCUACAACCUUCCCUAUCCAGGUUGUGAGUUCUUCAAGCACUACCGAGACAAUGACUAUAGUGGAGAAGGACUCAUCUACGACUGGGAUCAGCAUUUUGUGAAUGCCCCCCUCAACAUUCCUGACGACGCGAUCACCUCUCAGCUUAACAUUGACUGGACAAUGUACAAGACAUGGGACGUUGUGGUGCUCACAAGAAAUUACCUUAAGCUCCUUCUGAAAUAUACUUUCGAUGGCACCUCAGGGCUCUUGGUGCACUGUAUCUCUGGCUGGGACCGAACGCCCCUGUUCAUCUCACUGCUGCGGCUCUCGCUGUGGGCGGACAACAAGAUCCACCCGAACCUGUCGCCCCUCGAGAUGGCCUACCUCACAGUCGCCUACGACUGGUUCCUCUUCUGCCACGAUUUGCGUGACCGGUUAAGCAAAGGAGAAGAGAUUUUCUAUUUCUGCUUCAACAUGCUCAAGCACCUCGACACAGAAGAGUUCUCCGUAAUCUCACUAAAAGUGCCGAGGGAAAGGAGAAACACGUCGGAGAGCAACCUUGAAAGCAUAUUUCUGGAGGAGGAGAUGCGUGGUAGCAACACGAGCCUCAAUAGCAGCUGCAGCAGCUCAACGAGCGGCUGGAGCCAAGAUGUGCCGCCGAUGUACUUUCCAGUGCCCGUGGACUCCGGCGACGAGUACCCUUUGAGCAACGGGAACUAUGUGUGCCCCGGUACGAACGGAGCGGCCACGCCUCCUACGAUGACAAACAGCAGCGAAAGUGCGGCCAGUACAGUGACCAAUGGCCGAGGCUCCGUGCCACCCAGCAGCCCUAUGGCGGUGCCUACGUCGCUGCGCCACCGGUCUGAGAGUUCCUCUUCCGUCAGCGCCGGCAGUUGGCAGAUCAUCAACGGGACGGGCUCUGUCCGGAGCUCUACGUCAGCCCGAGACUCUCCCACGGCUUGGGAGCUCAACCGGAAUUCCUCAAGCAGCCGGAGUAGCCUAAGCAGCCGUCACCAAGACGCACCCACAGAUCUUCCAGACCGGACAUUACCACGCAGCAAGUUCCUGCAGCGUCGCCGUGACCGGUUGACGGAGGUUCGUCGCAUUGUGAGCAACAUCUACCUGAGCAUCGUGGCAGACAGGCUCGCCACUCCAAGGACAGACGGCAUCAGCAGAGUUUUACAAAGCUUCUACUCCUAGUUGCUGGCACUCAGUGAAGACACGCAGUGGGAAGACAUUCCACUUGGGAAUGUAAUGGGUUCUGACGCACGCUGUCCGCGGCUACACACGGGAGUGGAGUAUGCGGUAAAAUGGUUGUACAGCACAGUGUGCAGACAGCUGUUCGUCAUUUGAGCUUCUAAGAAGCAAACGCGGAUCUUCCAAAUGUGAACCUUGCGGAGUGACGUGCAGACUACCUUGUACAAUUCCUGUAGUAAGGAAGGACAAUCCUUAAAGGUGGCCUGUGCACGCAUGUGUGUGUGCACGCUUCUCAUGGAAAGACAGUGAAGAGAUACGUUGUUCUUAUAGCUUUGGCUGCAUUACGCAAAUAGCAGUGCAUUGAUUGCUCUCCGUGGACUGUGGUCCGUGGAUAGCAGCGCACAGGUUGCAGUCUACGGUUAAGGCUUUCAGCCAGCUGCAGAGCAUUGAAUAGGCAGAGUUUUAAGAAAUGUACAACAGAGCGACGCGUGGACCACCAUUCCAGUUCUUUGGAGCAGUCUGUGGGUGAGAAAAAUAGACUUGGAAGAUGGAACCUGUACAUCUCGGACAAGAAUAGCAGGUACGCUUGUGGGUGUCUGUUUCUGUUCUCAGCAGCGGACAACAUAAGUUGCUUUGCAUGAAAUUGUUCUCGUCACUGGAAGUUGAAAUAAUUUUCUUUGGCUUUUGCCUUCAAUGCUCUUCGAGGUUAUCAGUUUAGAUGUGACAUGAGUAUGCAUCAUCAAGUGUUUAUAGACCACUUAGUUGUACAUGCCAAAGAUGGGUUCUUAAUUAAGCAGGUGCAAUUUAUAUAGUGUUUCUUCGUGUCUUUUUUUAACUUUUCUUUUGCCAGACAAUGCAAAGGUCGUGGUAACCACGAUCUUGAGAAUGCUCGCUAUUCUGAAAGUGCGUGUCUUUCUUUACUGUUUACAUUUUUCGAGUUAUGGCAUUAGUGUCACAUGUGUGUAGCGCAGUUGGUGCUCCCCAGUUUGCUGCCGUGCAGACAUUCGUGCCAGUCGUGGUGUGCGAUGUCUGCCGCAGUGUUGCGUUAUCUCAGUGAAGUUCCACUGUCUACUGCUUGUAAUAAGUGGCCGGCACCUGGGUGCGAUGUAGGGUGUUACAAGUUUGAACAAAAGUGUGCGCGCAUGCUUGCGCGUGUACACAGAAUGUGCCAGAAAAGUUCUUCCCUUUGUACAUGAACGAGUUUUGUAGUAUUUCUUCUUUUUAUCACACGAUUGUCUCUGCCGGGCUGUCUUCAGCUGUGCAAGUUUGAUAGUUGCGUUAAUAAAAGUGUGUGAGGGCCGAUAGAGUCGGGGCCGCGACUCGAAACGGGCGGUGUGCCCGUUGGCUUUCUCGUUUCGAAGACCACGCUGUUUUUGCUCAGAGUAUUGUAUGUAACCGCAAUGCAAUUCCCUUGUUUGUGUUUAUCUCGAGGACUGUUGACGAGUGCCAAAGUGUUGCCCGGCUUCGGGCUGUCUGCUGCAAGCCUGGGCCUACAGCGUGUGAUUCUCGAAGGAGGUGUUCCAAGACUGGAUAAGCCCAUGUGUGUCGCGCAUGUCUUCCAGUGCGGUCCGGGCGAAGGUGUGAUAUGUCCUCGAGUGUGUUUUGAAAUGCCCCUUCCCCCGCUCCAUAGGAGCCUUCCUGUCCCGUUUGGCAUCUUCGUGUUUCUUAACAUGGGUACAGCACUUGCCGAAAAUUUUGAAGCCGCUGCACAUGUGACUAGAGCUGUUGUCACGAGAUCCCUGUUUUUUUCCAUGUAGAGUGUCUGCUGUCUACUGAUGAGAGUGAAUUGCAGCGCCACUUCGAGGCUAAGCUAGCCAUCGAAAAUCAUAAAUGCCCCUCAGCAAUUGCUGAGCUGCAGUUUUGUCGCAGAGCACGCACAAUGCCCACUUGAAUGAACUGGAGAGGAGUGGUGUUUCUCAAGCCACUUUGGUAGAGAUUGCUGAGGAAACUUCUUGAACUACAUAAAGUGUGCAUGUAUUUGAAGGCUUUAUAAUGAAUUCGUGCUUCCAAAGCUACUAUGCAUCACAAACAUCACCCAUGAACAUCAUGAAGUGCAUCUGCUAUAGAUUGCCAUGGUAUUUCUCAAACUACUACUCUCUUGGAGACAUUGUUGAGGAGUGUUCCAGAGUGUGCACGCAUGAAUGCUUUAGAGAGGAGUGGCGUUCUUGAAGUUACUCUUUAUCGCGAGCGUCGCCAAGGAACGUCACUGAAGUUCAAGGGCUAUUGGUUUGAGUGGCAUUGCCAAGCUACUCAUUUUUUCAGGCAUCGCCAGGGGGUGUUACUGAAGCUCAGUGACUGCUCAGCACACACCUGAAAGCGCUGGAGUGGUUCGACCUUUCCCAAGGUACUUCUCAUUGCUGAGCAGUUGUCACGAUGAGGGUACCAACUACUCCAGUUCAAAGCUGCACAUGGAGUGGAUGAUAAGCAGAAGUUACAUCCAGGAGCCAGCUCGGCACGUGCAGCGGCUUCUAAGCUUUCGAUAAAUACUGCACACCUGUUGUUUGCCAUGUUGCCUUGACAGACGUCUAUGGGUCCAUGCAAAUCUUGCUUCCAUAAAGGGGCCCUUUCGAUUAGGUGCAGUGCCAGAGAAUCAUGGUUUACCGCCAAUCAUCGCAUGUUUGUUAUGCACAUUUCAUGUUUACAGGUGUCGCUGCUGCUAUGUUGGUGCAGUCUUUCCUGCAGCGCAUCUGUGACCAUCAUCAUUUUCAUUCGUGUUGCACGUUUUCAUACACUGCCAUUUCGAUACCGGAAGUACAUCGUAUUUGCACAAAUAUGACGCAAGGGACAGGGGCAUCAACCUUUUGACAAUUCAGACAUUGUAAGGUAAUAUAUAAGGAUUACGCAGUCAUGCAGUCAUGGUUGCAGUCAUGGUUGUAGGCUCAAGAUGUUUGCUAUUAGCAUUGUGGGAUGCAGUUGCAUAAAGUGCUAAAGUCCUCACAGGACCAUGAGAUCUCGGCCAAUGGGUGUUUGCCAGGCUAGCUGCACUUGCAGAAGUAUCAAACCAUGCAAGCGUAUAAGUAGCAAUGGACUGCCUUUUGCUGUUCGUUGUGCCUCUCAAUUCCUCGACUGCUCCCCCUCCCCUCACGCACACACACACAUUUACUGCACACAUGUCUGUAUUCUAUUCUAGGACAGUUGAGGGGUUGGCUCUUGUAAAACCCGCAAGUCACUCGAUUAAGCUGACCAUAUUUUGAAGUACGAAAUCGGAGGAAAAUAAAGUGCCACAUUAUCUUUGAAGCAUGGCUCCGAACAUAACUUGAGGUGGCUUCUCAGGCUCGUAGUAAAAAAAAACAAAAACCAAGCGAUAUCGCUGCAAGUUUUAGCAAUCCCGCAUCAGACACAGCAAAACCGCUGUCCAUUGUCGUUUUGGCUACGCUCUGUUGAUACUAGUUUACAACGGGGCUAGUGUUGAGGAAUACCCAGCCAUAGCUUUAUUGAAGAAGAUUAUGGUUUCAAGGAUUUGUCGGCACAGAUGGAAAUGGGACGAGAUUAUUGCCGAGGCUGCCAAUGACGGCUUUCAUCAAGAGAUGAACGGAAGUGUUGUAUUUGUGCUUUUACGGUUGGUCCGAGCGCUGUAAUCCAGCUACUGCCAGAGUUGGUCGCUAGCUGUGCCAUUUUUCGUGUGACAUUUGAGCACCUCACAAGUCCUCUCAUAGGAGUUGGCUGCUAAUGAGGUUUGGCUGUGUAGCAUGUGCCUGAUCCAAGUAGUUCAUACCUGGUCGUUGCGUUUUGAUGUGCUUUACAAGCACUUCUGUUCAAACUGUAGUGUGGUUUGAGAAGCUGUAGGUUUUCAUCAUCAACCAGCAUCGAUCAUGGGGAUGUGUGUUGACCAAAAAAAAAGUGAACCUCCCAUUUGUGAAUAUGUUCAGUUCGACUUGACCCAUACAUGCAAAUUACUUUUUUUGUGUGAGAAAGUUUGUCGAGCGACUUGUCACUAACUUUGCAAAAGACUUGUGUGAUGGUUGUUUUUUUACACGAGCGAUUUGUAAUAAAGGUGCUUGAGCAGCGGCUCACUUUCUUAAGAAA